AUCUCCAUACCUCCUCCCCUUCCCAUAGUCUUCGCCUUGCAAUGGCGCGAAGGGUCUCAUUCCCUCCUCCCCUCCUCCUCGUCUCCCUCUGCCUUCUCCCUCUCCUACUCUUCGCCGGUCGCGGCGCCCACGGCCGUUUCAUCUCGUCCCCGGCGGACGAGGCGUCCGCGGAUCUGCUGCUCUCCGAUGGGGUCUCCUCCCGCCCCGCCUCGGAGUCCCAAACCCUCCUCCUCCCUCGCCUUCCGUGGCCGCGGAGCUCGCGGGUGUUUGCUGCGGGGCAGUGCGAGCAGACGUACGGGUUCCUCCCGUGCACCACCACCGUGGUCGGAAACAUGUUCCUCGUCAUCGCCUACGGGUUCCUGAUGUACAAGGCGGCGACGUACCUCUCCUCGGGGAGCGAGCUCCUGCUGGAGAUUAUGGGCCCUGGGAUCGUCGGCGGACUGUUCCUCCCCAUCCUUGGGGCUCUUCCCGACGCCAUGCUAAUUCUUGUAUCUGGUCUUUCUGGGAGCAGAGAAACUGCUCAAAAUCAAGUCCUAAUUGGAAUGGGUCUACUUGCUGGAUCAACUGUGAUGCUGCUGACAGUACUCUGGGGUUCUUGUAUUAUCGUUGGCAAAUGUGACCUUUCAGAUAAUUCAACUUCAAUUGAUUCACAAGAUACAAAAGCCUUCAGCCUAUUUGGGUCUGGAGUUUCAACUGAUCUUCAGACAAGCUAUGCUGCGAGAAUUAUGGCCAUCUCUAUUGUCCCAUUUAUAAUUGUGCAACUGCCAAGAAUCUUCAAUUUUCCUUCUGGACAGAGUCUAGCAGUUCUGCUUUCUCUCAUUGUUGCAAUUGUGCUCUUGGUUUCUUACUGUCUUUAUCAGGUAUUUCGACCUUGGAUUCAGAGGCGAAGAUUGGCUUAUGCAAAGCACAAACAUGUGAUAUCAGGAAUUCUAAGACAUGCUCAGAUGCAAGCACUUGGACGACUCAUUGAUGAUGGAAAACCUAACGUAGAUGUUAUGAAAAAGUUGUUCCAUAAGCUAGAUUUGGACUCAAAUGGAUCAUUAUCACAUGCUGAGUUGAGAGCACUUAUCAUAGGAAUACAAAUUGACGAAAUAGAUUUGGAUACGGAUGAUGCUGUUGAUAAAAUAAUGAUUGAAUUCGAUACGUCUCAGAAUUCUUCAAUCGAAGAAGAUGAGUUUAUUGUGGGAUUAACAAAAUGGAUUGAUGAGGCUAAACGUUCCGUGGCAAAUUCUGGUGCCUACUCAAAAAAAUUCAUGCAUGAAUUUCACAUGAAAACAAGGGAUGAACAUAAUAUGCUUCUCGAUCAGAGUGAUGAAGUUGUUGAAAACGUUGAUAAUCCCAUGUGGAUUUGCAUAAAAGCUAUCCUACUUUUACUACUUGGAACAGUUCUUGCGGCUAUUUUUGCUGAUCCUCUUGUAGAUGCUGUUGACAAUUUUUCAGUUGCUACAAGUAUACCGUCCUUUUUCAUUUCAUUCAUUGCGAUGCCUCUGGCUACCAACUCCAGUGAGGCUGUCUCGUCGAUCAUUUUUGCGACCCGAAAGAAGCAAAGAACUUCUUCACUAACUUUCUCUGAGAUAUAUGGAGGGGUGACCAUGAACAACCUUCUUUGUUUGGCCGUCUUCUUGGCUCUUGUUUACAUGAGACACUUAACCUGGGACUUCUCGGCUGAGGUCUUGGUCAUCUUGAUCGUCUGCGUCGUGAUGGGUCUCUUCACCAGCUUCCGCACGACAUUCCCGCUGUGGACUUGUUUUGUGGCCUUCUCGCUGUACCCACUCUCCUUGGCUCUUGUCUAUGUUCUCGACUUCGUCUUUGGAUGGUCAUAAAGCAAAAACUGGUUAUGUGAUGUGAAUUAUCCUCUCACUUCUGAAUGCUGGUUGAUCAAAAGCUUUUACAGUUUUCUUCUA